AUGCCAGGGCAGAUUGCAGAGGUCUUGAAAAAGAAGGGUCAACACUGCAAAUAUUGACUGUUUGCAUCAACUUCAUUUAAUUGUCAAUAAAAGCCUUUGACAUUUAUGAAAUGCUUGUAAUUACACUUCAGUAUCCCAUAGUAACAUCUGACAAAACUAAAACAGAGGCAGCUAACUUUGUGAAAAUUAAUGUCAUUCUCAACUUUUGGCAACGACUGUAUACUGGAACAUUGCUAACGUUGUGGGAGGCAAUUUAUCUACUUAGGUCCCAGGGAGACUAGUAAAUGAGUGGACUAAAAGUCCGAUGUCAUAGUCCAAACCGAUAGACUCACUGUACAAUAUGACAUCAGUAGGCCUACACAUCCAAAUCAUUCUGAGAAGAUUCGCCACCAGAGGGUGCCAUUUAAUCAUCAGUGGACGAACCAUUGUGAUUCUAUGUGGCAUGGUUGACGUAGCCUAUCAAGGUGUCUUGAAUAAAUCGACAUCUGGACGUGAAUAUUGUAGCCUAUAUUGGCACAUAUUCCAUUUCUCAGGUGAAGUAAUCCACCAGUAUUAUUUGGGGAUUACACAUGCGUCCUAUGCAUAAAAUUGAGUAAAUUUGCCAAUGUGCUUAUCGAUUGACCUUUCAAGGCUACUAUUGCAUUUGAAUGUUUCACAAACUAUUUGUAUUGAAAAUACAAUAUUCAAAACAGAUAAAAUAUUUCACGCUUGUAUUACUUUUUUUCCAUCUUUCUCUAGUCCACCAUGCUGUCAUCUCACAUUGGAAACUUCGCUUGGAUGUCAUUCGUGAGGAGGAGAGGAGGGCUCUGAGGUUAUAGGUAAUAGGACGGGCUCUCCGUUUCACUGUGACAUGAAACGAGUAGCCUGAUUGCUGCCAUAGCAACGCCACUGGUGCUGUAUCCUAAAGUGGUUUCCACUGGAUACAAUAGGCUGGGGCUGCUUUGAACUCGUCGCCGCCCAGCCACGCAAAGGUUCCGAAGGCGCGCGCACUAUUCCUAGGCGCUGUCAUGGACGAGGCUGAGGAUGGAGAAGAUGAGUCCAAAUUCCAGCAGCCUUUAUUGUGCGGAACCGGCUCCGUUGGUGGCGGAGGCGAUAGGAACGGUCUAAGUUUGAAGAUGAAGCAAUUUACGCCAGGAGGGGGAGCAUCAUCAACAGCGCGCAAGAACUCCAACAAUGAGCUGUGGUUCAUGCAAGGCGAAGAGUCCGCACCUUGUGCUCCUACAGGCGCCACAAGCUGUGCUCUGUUGUGCCAGGGAGAUGCUACUGCCCGUGGCGGCUCAUACUAUAGGGCUGGAGGGGACUUAGCCCCAGGGUCAGCGGUAACCGGGUUGGCUACUUGUUGGACAGGUGAAGGCACUACCGGUGUGAUAUGCAACAACAACGGAGAUUGCAGAAGGGACCCCAACAUUUCAGGGAGCCUGUCCUCCAUCGUCUCUAGGCAGGAGAAACAGACCGGUGGAAUAGUUGCAGCGGACAACGGGAAAAGGCCAACUAGAUGUAAUUCCAGAGUCGCCAGCAUGGACGGUUCGAUCACCUCAGUACAGGGGCAAGGGCCCGAGGUGGCCGGGGCCACAACGACUGGCAAUGAGAAAAAGGACUCCAGAGUUUCAUUCUCAAGUGCCCCUAAUAGAAAAGCAUCGUCCUCUGUGCAGAACCAACAGAACAGGAAUUCUCUCGCAUUUUUUAAAUCUGAGGAUGGACCCCAGAUUGUGCCAGAUGAUGGGGAACCGCAGGACAAUCGGACUUAUAUGCAGCGCCAAUUUAGUUCCAUGCUUCAGCCUGGAGUUAAUAAAUUUUCCCUGCGUAUGUUUGGGAGCCAAAAAGCGGUGGAAAAGGAACAAGAGCGCGUCCAAUCGGCGGGUAAUUGGAUUAUUCAUCCAUACAGCGAUUUCAGGUUCUACUGGGAUUUCACCAUGCUGAUGUUCAUGGUGGGCAACCUCAUCAUCAUCCCCGUUGGGAUCACCUUCUUCAAGGACGAGACCACCGCGCCCUGGAUCAUCUUCAACGUGGUCUCUGACACCUUCUUCCUCAUGGACCUGGUCCUCAACUUCCGCACAGGCAUUGUAUUUGAGGACAACACCGAGAUCAUCCUGGACCCCAGGAAGAUCAAGAGGACGUACCUGAAGACCUGGUUCUUGGUGGACUUUGUCUCCUCCAUCCCUGUGGAUUAUAUCUUCCUGAUCGUUGAGAAGGGGAUCGACUCUGAGUUGUAUAAGACGGCCAGAGCCCUGAGGAUCCUACGCUUUACCAAAAUCCUCAGUCUGUUGAGGCUGCUCAGGCUGUCCAGGCUAAUCCGCUACAUCCACCAAUGGGAAGAGAUCUUCCAUAUGACCUAUGACCUGGCCAGUGCAGUGAUGCGUAUCUUCAACCUGAUUGGUAUGAUGCUGCUGCUGUGUCACUGGGAUGGCUGUUUGCAGUUCCUGGUUCCCAUGCUGCAGGACUUCCCCCAGGACUGCUGGGUCUCUCUCAACAAGAUGGUGAACGACUCGUGGAGCGAGCUGUACUCCUUUGCCCUGUUCAAGGCCAUGAGUCACAUGCUGUGUAUCGGUUACGGGCGCCAAGCCCCAGAGAGCAUGUCUGAUAUCUGGCUGACCAUGCUCAGUAUGAUCGUGGGCGCCACCUGCUAUGCCAUGUUCAUUGGCCAUGCCACCGCCCUCAUCCAGUCCUUGGACUCAUCCCGGCGCCAGUACCAGGAGAAGUACAAACAAGUGGAGCAGUACAUGUCUUUCCACAAACUGCCAGCUGACUUCCGACAGAAAAUCCAUGACUACUAUGAACACAGAUACCAGGGCAAGAUGUUUGAUGAGGAGAGCAUCCUGGAGGAGCUUAAUGAACCACUGCGGGAGGAAAUUGUCAACUUCAACUGCCGUAAGCUGGUGGCAUCCAUGCCCCUGUUUGCCAAUGCCGACCCCAACUUUGUGACAGCCAUGUUGACCAAGCUCCAUUUCGAGGUCUUCCAGCCCGGAGAUUACAUCAUCAGGGAGGGCACCAUCGGCAAGAAGAUGUACUUCAUCCAACAUGGUGUGACCAGCGUGCUGACCAAAGGAACUAUGGGCAUGAAGCUUUCUGAUGGAUCCUACUUUGGAGAGAUCUGUCUGUUGACCCGAGGCAGACGGACGGCCAGUGUGCGGGCGGACACGUACUGCCGUCUCUACUCCCUGUCUGUGGAUAACUUCAAUGAGGUGCUGGAGGAGUACCCAAUGAUGAGACGAGCCUUCGAGACUGUGGCCAUCGACCGACUGGACCGGAUAGGGAAGAAGAACUCAAUCCUAAUGCACAAGGUUCAGCAUGACCUCAACUCGGGUGUCUUCAACAACCGAGAGAAUGAAAUUAUCCAAGAGAUUGUGAAAUAUGACCGUGAGAUGGUGCAGCAGGUGGACAUGCAGAGGCCUCGUGCCAUGUCCAUGUCCAACCCCCCCACGCACGGGGGUAUCUUCGCUCCUCCAACCCCACCUCAGAGCUCAGCCAUCGCCACCCUCCAGCAGGCUGUGGCUAUGAGCUUCUGUCCCCCCAUGGCAGGCCCCCUGGUAGGGGCCGGGGCCCUGCAGUCACCUCGGAUGGUACGGAGGUUCCAGGUGAUGCAGAGCAUGUCAGCCUCCCCUCCUCCCCAGACUGAGCAGACCAUGCAGCCACAGCUACACGCCGGUGGUGCCUUCGCCUCCGCCCUCUCGAGCCCCCCCAUCCAGAGCCCCCUAGCUGCUGGGGGACGGACAUUCCAGUACGGCCACUCUUCUGGCUCCCAGCUCUCUCUGGUCCAGCAGAUCGUACCCAGUCCCCCACACCGGCCCAACACCCAUAACAGCACCCGCUCUCUGCACAUGGGCAGUCUGAGUCAGGACGCCAGGGCACUGUCUGCCUCUCAGCCCUCUCUGCCCCAGGGAGGGGCUCAACCCGUGGCCCCGAGCCCAUCACAGUCCAACCGUGUUUCCUCAACAUCCAUUGGUCCACCUCAGACCCCCCCGGGCUCUGUGGGGCUCAGGAGCGCUGUGACUCAUAGGAUGGUGCUGCCCCACCAGAUGUCUGUGGGGGCGUUUCCUCUAGCCUCCCUCCCGGGGACUCUGACAUCGCUGGGGACAGGCAUGGGUGCGGGUAUGGGAAUCGGCAUGGGAGUGGGCAUGGGAUCAGGCUUGCCGCCAGCCCUUCCGGACUCGGGUUUACCCAAAAAGGACUCCAAAGCCAGCCACCCUGAGACAGACCAUGUCAGAUCGAGGCUAUCUUCCAAUUUGUGACCUUUAUUAGAUUUCUGCAGAGCCAGGAGUUUUUGGUUGUGGGAACUGUGGAAGGUUUUGUCCUUAGACCCAAUAAUCUCCCCUCUCCCUGUCACGUGGGUCUGAAUAUGACUAUAAGAAUGUAUGCUGUGGGACCUUGGAGAGGGAGACCGUAGCUGGAAGACAAUGUAUGACUAACAAUAUAGUUAUUAUCAGAGGUGGGAUGUUUCUACUCCACCCACAGACAUAGAUUGUAGAUACCGGCUGUACGUAGUAGUAGCACCUUCUCCCCACAUCUCUCCUUUAUUUACUCUCUUUACUGUAACCAUAUUCAACAUAAAUAGCACGCAUCUCUCACCCAUUAUCUAUAUAGUCGAACAAUACAAACUGGCAGGGACAAGAAGAAAAUCAGGAACAUGCUUCAGAUGACAACGAUGACAUCAACGCUUUGCAGAAGUUCUUCUGGGAUUUUAUCUUUUCUCUACGGACUGGUUUUAACAAAAGUUCUACUCAUGUCACUGUAAUAUUGUUUCAGAAAACAAGAAAAUGUUUUUUUUAGACCAUGUCUUAAAUUAUAGGUUUUUUUUUUUUUUUACAGGUCGGGCUUAAUAAACAAAAUGUUGCAUUGCAUUAAUGGGAUUAAUAAUGUAUUUCUGAAAAAAACGAGUGGAUAGAUAAUUUCACUGCCUUGAUUUCAACAUUUGAAGCCAUAUCCUUUGUGUGUGUGUGUGUGUGUGUGUGUGUGUGUGUGUGUGUGUGUGUGUGUGUGUGUGUGUGUGUGUGUGUGUGUGUGUGUGUGUGUGUGUGUGUGUGUGUGUGUGUGUGUGUGUGUGUGUGUGUGUGUGUGUGUGAAUAAGGAAUUCAUAUCUAUAAAUAUAUCUUCCCCCGUCCUCAAAUUGUAUUUGGAGAUGACAGUGUAGGUAGAAUUUCAGUAUAUUUCUUGGAGUCUACAGCCUACAUUUCAUUCUGGCUUGGCCAGAAUACAGCAAGGGUGCAAGUGAUAUACACUACAUGAGCAAAAGUAUGUGGGCACAUACUCGUCGACCACAUCUCAUUAGAAAAUCAUGGGCAUUAAUAUGGAGUUGGUCCCCCCUUUGCUGCUAUAACAACCUCUACUCUGCUGGGAAAGCUUUCCACUAGAUGUUGGAACAUUGCUGAGAGGUCUUGCUUCCAUUCAGCCACAUGAGCAUUAGUGAGGUCGGGCACUGAUGUUGGGCGAUGAGACCUGGCUCGCAGUUGGCGUUCCAAUUCAUCCCAAAGGUGUUCGAUGGGGUUGAGGUCAAGGCAUUUCAACUGCUCCAGUAUCCAAUGGCAGCAAGCUUUAAACCACUCCAGCCUGCGCUUGGCAUUGUGCAUGGUGCUCUUAGGUUAGUGUGGGGCUGCUCGGCUAUUGAAAUCCAUUUCCUGAAUCUCCCAAUGAACAAUUAUUGUGCUGACGUUGCUUCCAGAAGCAGUUUAGAACACUGCAGUGACUGUUGCAACCGUGGACAGACAAUUUUUACGCUCUAUGUGCUGCAGCACUCGGCAGUCCCAGUCUGUGAGCUUGUGUGGCCUACCGCUUUGGGCUGAGCCGUUGUUGCUCCUAGACAUUUCCACUUCACAAUAACAGCACUUACAGCUGACUGGGGCAGCUCUAGCAGGGCAGAAAUUUGACGAACUGAUUUGCUGGAAAGGUGGCAUCCUAUGACGGUGCCACGUUGAAAGCUCUUCAGUAAGGCCAUUCUACUGCCAACGUUUGUCUAUGGAGAUUGCAUGGCGGUGUGCUCAAUUUUAUACACCUGUCAGCAACGGGUGUGGCUGAAACAUCCAAAUCCACUCAUUUGAUGGGGUGUCCACAUACUUUUGUGCAUAUAGUGUUUAAACCAAGUCAUCCAUCCCCAUUGGUUGCUCGGCUAUUGAAAUCCAUUUCCUGAUCUGAGUUAUGAAUCACAUGAAUAUAUCAACAUACUGUAUCUCAUUCAACCCUGAUGGAAAUGCGUAUCAGGUUUUUUGCAUAGCUGAAGUUUAGAAUAGACAGAUCAUAGUUUUAUAUUUUAUAGUCUGACUGAUGUUCUGAAGGCACUGUGCAGUGUAAUUACGCUAAUAUGUAUUAUUAUACUGUACAGACUGAUGCACCCUGGUCAGAUCCACACAUUACACCAUUUAAUGAAUACAUUGAACUUUUCGUCUCAUCUGCAUUGUCCCAUCCAUUCCAAGACUUUUUAGAUUAUUUGAAGUUUAAAACAAAUCCAUUUUCUUUUUCCUUUCCUCUCUAAUUCUAACAGUAAUAUUGAAUCAAAUUGAGGUAUAUUUUGUGUGCAUAAAUUACAUAAUGCUUCUGGAAUGCUGAAAUCUAAAUGACUCCCAUUCUAUUCUAAUCUGCAGCAAGGACAGAGCAGACAUUUUGGAGGGUGCAUUUCAAUGAUGUGUCUCCGACCAUAAGUGAUGCCACUGAAUGUGUGUACCGGCCUCCACUGAUUAGUGUCCAAAAGUAUUAGUGGAAGAGGCUUUCCAAGCGCUGAUAUCCACUUCAUCUGCUGCUCAAUAACCCCCACACCACCACCACCACCACCACCACCAUUACUAUGUAAUGAGAGAGAAGAUUGGAUCCCCUCAGGCCCCAUUUAUUUUGGACUGUUAUUACUUUCCAUUGUGUUUCAUCAUAAGUUUUACUGUAUCAUCCACCUUGUCAGUGGCGCCAAGGUUGUGGGUUUGGAAGGGAUUUGUUGCUGGAAAUUAUGCCCAAUGAAACUUCUUUGGGAACUUUCAUGUGUUUGAAGGUGGUUUUAAUGGCCGAAUUCCUUUUAGAUUGCUGAGCAGGUUUUGAGACUAUUUGUCUAGCAAUAAAUUAGGACAUUUAACAAACAUGUAAUAAAUACCAUACAAUACAGUGUAGAUGAAAAGCCAAAAUUGGAAUAAAAUGUCAAUGUUUUUGAAUUGCUUAAUAAGAUUUGUUGAUGGGAAGCGUUUGGAAGUUCUUGUAUCUACUGUACAUGACACACUUAAGAUGGUAAAUGGUGGGAAUAUUUCAUGCAAUCCAUAUACACUGAAUAAAAAUAUAAACGCAACAUGUUAAGUGUUGGUCCCAUGUUUCAUGAGCUGAAAUAAAAGAUCCCAGAAAUGUUCCAUACGCACAAAAAGCUUAUUUCUCUCAAAUGUUGUGCACAAAUUUAUUUACAUCCCUGUUAGUGAGCAAUUCUCUUUUACCAAGAUAAUCCCUCCACCUGACAGGUGUGGCAUAUCAAGAAGCUGAUUAAACAGCAAGAUCAUUAUACAGGUGGACCUUGUGCUGGGGACAAUAAAAGGCCACUAUAAAAUGUGAAGUUUUGUCACAAUACAAUGCCACAGAUGUCUCAAUUUUUGAGGGAGCGUGCAAUUGGCAUAUUGACUGCAGGAAUUUCCACUAGAACUGUCGCCAGAGAACUGAAUGUUCAUUUCUCUACCAUAAGCCACCUCCAACGUCGUUUUAGAGAAUUUGACAGUACAUCCAACCAGCCUCAUAACCGCAGACCACGUGUAUGGUGUCGUGUGGGAAAGCGGUUUGCUGAUGUCAAUGUUCCUAGGCAUGUGAAAUCCAUAGAUUAGGGCCUAAUUUAUUUAUUUCAAUUGACUGAUUUCCUUAUAUGAACUGUAACUCAGUAAAAUCUUAGAAAUUGUUCCAUGUUGCGUUUAUACUGUAUUUGUGUUUAGUAUACAAUCCAUUUACAAUCCUAUCUGAAGCAUGUUCAUUUUGUCAGGGUAGAAUGACAGUUAUCCUCUCCAAUAGCUACAUUUGUUGUCAUGUGUUUAGCCUUUACCCAGCAUUUUUCUUGGGAUGUUUCCUUGCCAAAUUGUGAUUUAAACUGUAACUUGAAUAAAUAUAUGACGCAAUAACAAGCAGUAUAAGAAAGAGUCCUUGAUGUUUUGGCUUACAUUUCCAGGAAGAGACGGAAAUAACUUUUUAAACCCUUACAUUUACUGUACGUACUGUAUAGGUCAUAUUCUAUAACAAUUAGUACAGGUUUUGUUCUAUUCAGAGGAACUGAAACAAUGAAAUGUGUUGUACUGUUUUAUUCAUCGCUAUACACAACAGAAACUCUAUCAAGAAUUUGAAUGAAGUGUUUAUUUGCUCAUUUGAUUUUUCCAGUGCAAUACAAUUACAUGAAAUAUCUAUCAACACUAUCUUCAGGGCAUUGUUGUCUCUCAGCUCUGCAAACAUUCCUGACCACUUUUCCUUAAGUAUCCUCAAACCAAUUAUCAAUUUAGCCUUGAAUCCUGACACUGGUGUAACCCUUUCUCUCACACUGUCAGAGAAAAGCUAUUUUUCUGUAAAACAAAUAAUGCGCCUGAGCUUUUUACAGAAAAACACAGAACACCCCUGGGCCAAGUUAGGCAUCUGCGUUUGUCAAAAUCCGCAGCAUCUGUGUUUUACAAAUGCUUUAUUAGCCCCCCAUAUUUCGUUCCCUCUGUCCAAAUAUAGUGUACUUUACAGAAACUGUUGCAGUUUUAGAAAUGGCUUCAGCACAGUGAGUUAAUUUAGGGAGACACUGAUGACUGUUUUUUUGUUGUGUUGCCGAGCAGGUGAUUGUGGAGAAAUAGCAUGUAAAGCUGGGACAUAAAUCAGGGAGAACAUGGAUUAGAGAAGGGCGACAAUUUAAUACUAAUCAACCUCGCAAAUAAAAUAUUCAAAUAGCUGCGAUUGGGAGAGAGGUAAUUUUGAAGUGGCCAGUCAUGGUGGAGAGAGAGGGUUUGGGGUGACUGUUACGUGAGCUGACAUUUCACAGGCUUUGUAGUCUACCAGAAAGCUUGGCCCAGUCUUCAAACUCACAUUUUAGGGGAGUUCCACAAUCAUCGUAGUGCUUAACUUGAGAUUCAUACUUGAACAGAAAUCCCAUUGACACUGCAUGAUGGGGGGCCUCUGGAAUAAUCACUCCACCAAAUCAAAUUAAUGAUCAGUUAGUCCUUUCAGUUUGACAUUAUAUUGCAAGUGUUGCUGUGGUCGGACAAACAUCUUUGACAUUUGAACAAAAUCCAUUUCGGUGUAUUACCAAUAUCCUAAACUGUAAGCAAUGAGAUAGAUGGUAUAUUCAUGAAUGUUAUUCCCCCCAAAAAGUGUGAAUUCAUGGCUUACAGCCAUAGAUGUGUAUAAUGUUCCCCAUACUCAUAACCUACACAUCUCACUCUCAUACAGUAGUUUCUGAAACAAUACUCAGUAUGGAACUAGCAGUGUGAUUUUCUGUUUGAGACACUUUCCAUCUCUAUUGGCGGACGCUGUUGUGACCGAUGUGAUGUGAGCACAUGUACAGUAUGCUGCACAAUAUGGUCUUUGUUUUUGUUCCUCUCUAAUGCUGACCCCAUUUAACCUGUAAUGUUUUUAGCUGCGUCACAGACUAUAUGAUUCAAUUUGAGUGCGUCUUUGAGUGGGUGUGGACAUUGAGAGAGAUUGGAGGGAGGUGACUGUAUACAAAUGGUGCUUUGAGCACAAAGUGGCAGAGUCAGCUGUUAUCGCCUAACAUUGUUCCUAAAUUACAGCACUCAAUUGACUUAACAGCUGAUGGUCUCUUUUCAGAGCUGGUUGGAAACCCAGCCAUGAAGAAAAAAUAUAUAUACUUACAGCUAGUCAGAGCAACAGAAACAAUAAAGGUACAUGCUAAUCAGAAUUGGGAGCUGGUUCUUUUAAAGAGCAGUAAAUGUCUCAUCUCUCUAGAAAAGGGAUCCCAUAACACGUGUACUGUAUAUACCUAGUGCCUAGCAUACCUAGUUUCCACAUACUACAUCGAGUUCAUUGUCUCUGUGGCUGUAAAACAAAAGCUCCCCAAAUGCAAAUAAAUUCAGUUGUGAUGUAUAUCUAACUGCAAUACAUGUAAUAAGGAAA